AUGGCCCACUCCCAUGCCCCCCCACUUUCAUCUCCCCUAGCCCACCCCGGCCCAAGACCGGCCAAGGCCCUCCUCUUCGGCGCCACCCCAUGCCUCCCCAAACAAUGCAUCCUCAUCGAGCUUGCUCAGGCUCGCCAGUUCCCCUACCUCACUGCCAGCGCCUCCCACCAAUACCGCUUCACCCCUAAGGGAAUCAGGCUCUUUGCUCUCAAGGGGUCGAACUUCCACAUCCGCUUCUUCCUUGAAGUAGACCCCAAAGACAACCCGACUUGA